UUUAGCAAACAACAAAAUGGCGACACCCUUUGCCGGCACUGAGGAUUGUAAAUAGGAAUAUUUGAAUUUAAUGUUUGAUUUUGCCUUCAGCUAGAGUGGUUAUUAGGUUAUUUGUACAGACAUUUUUUACACCUUCUACAGCAAUGGAAGAACUGAUGCUGGCAACGGAUUUAUUAGGUCCCAGCAAAGAGGAAGGUGCGGACGAAUCACACCAAGAUUCUCAACUGCAUUCAAAACAGGGAAUAAGUGGAUUCUCAGAUAUAGAAUUGGCCAUGGAAGAAGAACUACAUCCAGGAGAGAACCAACCAGAAACGAACCAACCAGAAACGAUGGAUGUUGACCCAUCUACAGAAGAAGCAAAUCCUCAAGUUUCAGAUGCCACACAUGGGGAUGAAGUCUCUAAACCUGAAGAAGUGCCACCUGAUCCAAAUCCAGUUGAUGAUGAUAUCCAGGAUCCUGCUCCUCUGGAACAUUCUGAGGAAUCUGAAAAUAUAGGAAUAGGAGAAAUGGAGCAUGAAGAGGCUGAACAGGAUAACACCCCUGAAGAAGAUCCAGAGGAUGCAGGAAUGACAGAUUCAGUUCAUCACCCUGAUGAUCUACAAGUACAAGAUCCAAUACCAGAAGAACAAACGGCAGAGGAUCCUCAUCCCGCACAGGAAGAGCCAUCUCUGGAAGAAACGGCUGCAGAAUCCGAAAAUCUCCCAGAGGAGGAAACUCCAGUGGCGGAACAAGAGGAGGACACCUUAAUGGCUGAAUCUGAGGAAGAGACUCCGAUGGCUGAACCACAGAAGGAGACUCCGGUGGAAUCUCAGGAAGGAAAACAAGUGAUUGGAUCUCAGGAGCAGACAUCGGUAUCCGAACCCAUGUCUGCUCCUGGUACUACUGACACCUCAAAACCCAAACUGACAAUGAUGCGCACCCCGUCGCUCAUUGAUGACUACGUCUCGGAAUUUGACUCAUCACUUCCGGUUAGACAGGAGGCUUCCCCUCCUGCGCCCACUCCUGUGCUCUCUGUCUCUGCCCCCACUAUACUUAACCCACUCCCAGUGACUGCUGCCCCCAUCCCUGUGUUGUCAGUGGCUCCCCUCCGUUCUGUACCCAUCCAAGCACCUAUUCCUGUGUCUUCAAUGCUUGAACAGGACAAGAAGAGUACAGAGGAAUUGAAGAAUCUGAAGAAUGAGGUUGGUGAAGCAGAUGCUUUAGCUACUUUAGCUUCUGCUGCAUUAAGCUGUGACCAGGCUUCAACCAAUGGUGUGAAACUUGAGAAGCGGGAGCCAGUAUGGUGUGAUGUUGGUAUCAUCAAGGGUACAUCUCACGUGGUGAAGAAUUUCUACGACCCCUCGACGUUCGAGGACCCAGACCACCCGGAUAUCACAGUAGACAAUCUCCCGGAUUACUCAGGAGCCAUCAAACUGGACCUGGAGCCCGGCACAGCUUACAAGUUCCGUGUGGCAGCCAUCAACACAUGCGGACGUGGACCUUGGAGUGAGGUGUCAGCAUUCAAGACUUGUUUGCCUGGUUUUCCUGGGGCGCCAUCUGCCAUUAAGAUUUCUAAAUCGGCUGAUGGAGCACACUUAUCGUGGGAGCCACCGUCUUCUUCAUCUGGAAAAAUCAUUGAGUACUCAGUUUGUUUAGCUGUGAGGAAUGCUACUACCAACCAGCAGGGAGACACGAAGACUGUGAGCAGCACACCGACACAACUAGCGUUCGUGCGAGUAUACUGCGGUCCCCAGAACCAAGCCGUGGUACAGAACACGUCCCUGGCGGCAGCCCACAUCGACAUGUCCACCAAGCCUGCCAUUAUCUUCCGUAUCGCCGCUAAGAACGAGAAGGGCUAUGGCCCUGCCACGCAAGUCAGGUGGCUGCAAGAUGUUGCUCCUGCUGGUGGCCCAACAAAACCGGGACCAAAACGAGAACCUAACAGUGCUAACUCUCCUCUGAAAAGGUGUCCCUAGCCAACUACGGCUGCAGAUAGACAUCUGCUGACGCUUGAGCUUCUUGAGUGUUCAGACAUCGUAUGGACAACCAUGCAGCUACUUUUGUAUAAAAAAAACAGCAGUAUACCAAUAUUCAAUUACUUUCAAUAGAGUUAAUGAUAACAGAAAAUUUAAACAACCAACCGUUACAGGAAACCUGAUGAACGACUGUGUUGUGUUUUUAUGUACACCUUACCAAUCUAGGAUUAAUAACUUUGCCUUGUAUUAAUCAAAAAAGUGUAAAAACCAUUUUAAAGUUCAUUCAAGGACAUUAUUACAGAUACUGUGUAAUAUAAUAUAAUACAAUGUUAAAAAUUAAAUAGGAUAUGAAGAGCAGUCCUCCUUUAUCAAUUUAAAAAGGAUUAUUUUUAUUAUUGACAAAGUAUUCAGUAAACAUAAAAUGUUUAAUUUAUUUAUUCAUGUUCUAUUUUACUGUUUUUGUCAGAAAUAAAUGGACUAAUCUUCUAAUGUGAUAAAAACAAAACUUCUCUUCCUAUCCCAAUCUCUUUGAUCUAAAUCUAUAUUUUGUACUGUUUACAAAACACCUAGAUUAUGACGUGUUUGUGACAUGUUCACUGGAAUUUUAUAAUAGGUAAAGGAAAGAUAAAAACUGUAUUAAUUCAAACUAUUUUUACUAAUUGGCAGUUUUAUUUGUUCUAGAAAUUAAUUGUAUUUACAACAAAUUAAAAUUGUUUGUUUUGUCUAUUUUAGAUUAAUGUAAAAUGUAUUUAUGUAUGUAUUAAAUUUUAAUAUUUUACCCUGA